GCCAGUCAACAUGGCUCGCACAUGAGCACACUCAUCAGAAUAGUCGCGAUGAGCGCAGGCAAGAAAAGGGUGAUGCUUGGCCUGACGUCCGCAUUCACUCAUUGAAGUGUGCACGCAGCGUGCUGACUGCACAACCGAGGUGCAAGAGAGCGGAUUUUCUCCGUCGCCUUUCUCAGGCUUCUUCUUCCUUUACGCUGGAUGAACGAAUUGAAGGGGCCACGCGGUUUUGUUUACGGGACGCACAUCAGCGCUGCUGGAGCAGCAGAGAGCGCAACCAAUUCCAGCGUCAAAAAGUCCGAGGUUUCCAUCAAACACAAACAUCAUGCUUUUCUUUGGGACUGCCCUUGUUCUUUUCUCCUCAGGUGUGUUGCCAUUCUCAGUUCCCAACGUCACUUUCUCUGCCUUCCCAACUGACUGUGUUGAAGCCCAUCAUGUGUGUACUGCUGACCCCCAAUGUGAAGCGUUAUACCAGGGGUUAGAGCUGUGCACAGAUAAGUCUUCUGUGUCACCUAUUGGGGAGCAGGCAGUGACCGACUGUCUGCGGAGACAGGAUGCCCUACUGACCAAACACCCCUCUUUGUUGGCUUGCAAGUGCGACCGAGGCUUUCGCAAGGAGAAACAGUGUGUGCAAAUAUACUGGAGAGUUCGUCUGCUGUCAGGGGAGGAUGAGUUGGAAAUUUCUCCCUAUGAAAACACACAAAUGGAUAGUGGCACGGCCUCCUUAGUGGCAGCCUUGCCUGUCAUUCAAGGUGAUGUGGAAAACCAGUGCCUGAAAGCGGCUCAGGACUGUGGCCUAUAUGAGAAGUGUGGUGCUCUCCGAUCAGAGUAUGUUCUGGCAUGCACCAAGAAGGUACCUGGAACCAAUCGAUGUAACCAGCACAAAUGUCACCGGGCUCUGAGAAGAUUCAUGGAGAAAGUACCGAAGGAAUAUAGCUUUGGUGUCCUUUUCUGCCCCUGCACAAACACUCUGUGUGGUGAGAGGAGGAGGAAGACCAUUGUACCCUCCUGUGCUUAUGACGAGAUGGAGGGCCUGCAGCCCAACUGCCUCCACCAACAAAGCUUCUGCCGCAGGGACGCCCUGUGCAGGUCCAGAUUAGCUGACUUUAUUCAGAACUGCGAGCCAUCGCCACGAACAACCAGCGGCUGUCUGAGAGACUCAGCAGGUCUCUGCCUCCAAGCCUAUGCAGGACUCGUCGGUACUAUCAUGACUCCAAACUACAUUGGUAAUGACUCUGCAGCUGUGUCAUUGUCAUGCAACUGUAAAGGGAGUGGCAACCAAUGGCAGGAAUGUCUGAGACUCCGACAAAUGUUCUCCCACAACAUCUGCCUACGUAACUCGAUUAGUUGGAUGGGGAGCGCUGGCUCCCUGCCUGGAGAGAUAACCCCUCUUCCCGCUCCUGGACCCUCCCCACUGGUUCAGGAGGAUGCAAUGCUGACCAACAACCACUUACCAGACCACGACAUUGCGGAGGAACACAAGGACGAGGAGGAAUCCAUCCAAAUACAGGCGAUUGAUGAAGGCGGCCAAUUUGAGGUCAUCCCACAGUACUCAGAGAGGGCCACUGUCACCAACGUGGGACCCCCGGUAGCUAGGGGUGCUAUAUAUAUUGUUGCUGUCCCUCUGGAACUGCUACUUCUUUAUUAUCUUUCUGCUUUUUUCUGUCACACUUACUUUGGAAUAGAGCAUCUGAUGAAAACAUGGUGAGAGAGCAAACAUAUGCAACAACAAGUGUGCAGCAGGGCUAUAAAAAUUUUACUUGACCUGAACUUGAUCCAUGUUAAUGAGGUGGACCUGUCAACCUGCUGGAUUCAUGACUGUAAAAUUCAAAGAAACAGUAAAGACGUUUCUGUUGCUUCACAAUAUUUCCCCAGAACUUUGUUUCCAAUGUCUUUUAUUCCUAGCCUCCAUCUAAAUUCGAAUAAAGUUGUUUGUUAAACAUGA